AGUUUCGAGUUUCGAGUCCGCAGUUUGCAGACUGUCGCGGACGUGGUCAGGUUUAGGAAUGCAAUGUGAUUUGUUUCGAGACAACGUUAUUAUCAUUCAGGAUUACAAGACAACAAGUGCUUAUUUUAUCCUGGUUCACGUACGUCAGCGAUACGAAAAGUGAGACGACGAUCUAUAUGAGAGAUCAUCGGUAACGGAGUAACAAACACCAGAGAUGAGCGGACAUGCGACCCGUCCUGGCGAUCCCGGUGGUCAAGUGGUUCUCGAACACUGCAUUCAAGUUGCUGUGCUGCCGAUCGCUGGAAAACACGUCUCGUCAACAUCGCCUGCCACAUCGGUUCCAAUGGAGAGGCAAGAUGUGGAUAUCACGAACAAGCAGAAAAAAUGCAGCGGAAAAGAGAUUUCGAAUACUCAAAGAGUCUGGACGAGCUUAGUAUCUGGCGCAGUAGCAGGCGCUCUGGCGAAGACCACGAUAGCGCCGUUAGACCGCACGAAGAUCAAUUUUCAGAUCUCGAAACAGCCCUACUCGGCCAGAGCGGCGAUAGGUUUCUUGAGCAAAGCGUUGCGUACCGAAGGUCUCCUCAGCUUAUGGCGUGGAAAUAGUGCUACCAUGAUUAGGAUCGUGCCAUAUUCUGCGGUGCAGUUUACGGCACACGAACAGUGGAAGAGAAUCCUGAGGGUGAAUGGCGCGGAGAGAAAAAAGCCAUGGGCGAGUUUUUUGGCUGGUGCCCUUGCAGGCGUCACGUCGCAGACCAUGACUUAUCCGUUGGACCUGAUGCGGGCGAGAAUGGCGGUGACUCUGAAGGCCGAAUAUAAGACUCUACGGCAGGCAUUUUCGCGAAUCUACAAAGAGGAGGGAAUUCUCGCGUAUUAUCGUGGCUUCACCGCUACGCUUCUCGGCGCAAUCCCUUAUGCCGGGUGCAGCUUCUUCACAUACGACAUGUUGAGAUACUUACUGACUGUGUACACGGUGACUAUUCCGGGAUUCUCGACCUCACUCAUUUGCGGUGGCAUCGCUGGAAUGGUCGGUCAGACAAGCAGCUACCCACUGGACAUUGUGCGGCGGAGAAUGCAGACAUCGGCGAUCAAGGGCCAGCAUUAUCAUACGAUUACAUCGACUAUCACGAAGAUUUACACGGAGGAAGGAAUAAUGGCUUUUUACAAAGGCUUAAGCAUGAAUUGGGUUAAAGGUCCCAUUGCAGUUGGAAUCAGCUUUGCUACGCAUGAUACAAUACGGGACGCACUAAGGAAAGUCAUUUGUGAAGAUAGUGAUACAUAGAACUAAUAGAUAAUAGAAUAAAUAUUGGAAAGCUGCCGUUAUAAUAUUACGGAAUAAUAAUUGUUAAUUAUAAUUAUAAAUAUAUAAU